AUGGGGUUAGGCUUAUUAGCUUCAAGGCUCAUAAGACCCCAAAAAACGGCAGCCCGAACCCUUCUUCUUCGCUCCAUCGUGACUAAACCGGAGCUUCAAUCACCUGAGCCCGCAACCGCCCCACAACCCGACCCAACACCUGAUCUUCCACCAAGAACACCAUUAGCUGGGGCCCGAGUUCACUUUCCUAACCCGGAAGAUGCAAUCGAAGUGUUUGUUGAUGGGUAUCCAGUGAAAAUCCCAAAAGGGAUGACAGUGUUACAAGCUUGUGAAGUUGCUGGAGUUGAUAUUCCGAGGUUUUGUUAUCAUAGUCGGUUGUCGAUCGCUGGGAACUGUCGUAUGUGUCUUGUUGAGGUGGAGAAGAGUCCUAAGCCUGUUGCUUCUUGCGCUAUGCCUGCUCUUCCUGGAAUGAAGAUUAAGACAGACACACCUGUGGCUAAGAAAGCACGAGAAGGGGUUAUGGAAUUUUUGUUGAUGAAUCACCCAUUGGAUUGUCCAAUUUGUGAUCAAGGAGGAGAGUGUGAUCUUCAGGAUCAGUCUAUGGCAUUUGGAUCUGAUCGUGGCCGCUUUACUGAAGUGAAGCGAUCAGUUGUUGAUAAGAAUCUUGGUCCUUUGGUUAAGACUGUGAUGACUCGUUGCAUUCAGUGCACAAGGUGUGUGAGGUUUGCCACAGAAGUUGCUGGGGUUCAGGAUCUUGGCAUGUUAGGUCGUGGUAGUGGAGAAGAAAUUGGAACUUAUGUUGAAAAGCUUAUGACAAGUGAACUAUCUGGAAAUGUGAUAGAUAUCUGUCCUGUGGGAGCCCUUACCUCAAAGCCGUUUGCAUUUAAAGCUCGAAAUUGGGAGUUGAAAGGUACAGAGACCAUUGAUGUCACUGAUGCAGUUGGAUCCAAUAUCCGGAUCGAUAGCAGAGGUCCAGAGGUCAUGCGCAUCACUCCACGGUUAAAUGAGGAUAUAAAUGAAGAAUGGAUAUCAGACAAGACUCGGUUUUGCUAUGAUGGUUUAAAGAGGCAGAGGCUAAACGAUCCUAUGAUUCGCAGCUCAGAUGGGCGCUUUAAGAUUGUGAGCUGGCAUGAUGUCUUAGCUGUGGUAGCUGAGAUUGCCCUUCAAGUUAAACCAGAGGAAAUUGUGGGCAUUGCUGGUAAACUAUCUGAUGCUGAAUCCAUGAUGGCACUGAAAGAUUUCAUAAACAAAAUGGGGUCAAAUAACGUGUGGUGUGAAGGAAAUGGCCCUAGCCCAAAUGCUGAUCUACGAUCUGGAUAUAUUAUGAACAGUGGCAUUAGUGGUCUUGAGAAUGCAGAUGUUUUCCUCUUGGUUGGCACUGAGGUAAUUCAAUUAACAUUUUUAAUCUGUUUAGGAUGGAAUGCUUGGAUUAUAGCUGUCAUGUCCUUCACUUUCUGCUAUUUCUUCGCAUAUGAACUUGUCUGUUGUUUUUAUGAUGUCUUGAAUUUGUUCUUUGCAUUUAUGUUUUGUACACCCUUUUGCACCUUUUCCUUGCCACUUUGCCUCAUAUUUUGUCUUAUGAAAUGUCAGCCAAGGGUAGAAGCUGCCAUGGUAAAUGCGAGAAUCCGCAAGACAGUCCGAGGAAGUAAUGCUAAGGUUGCUUACAUUGGGCCUCCUGCAGAUUUCAACUAUGAUUGUGAGCAUCUAGGCACUGGUCCUGAAACUCUUACUGAAAUCGCAGAGGGUCGUCACCCAUUUUGCUCUACAAUCUCAAAUGCCAAAAACCCAGCCAUCAUUGUUGGUGCUGGACUCUUUGAGAGAUCUGACAAGGAUGCAGUUUUCUCUGCUGUUGAAACCAUAGCAAAAAAUGGGAAUGUUGUGCGACCUGACUGGAAUGGUUUCAAUGUGUUGCUUCUCAAUGCUGCCCAAGCUGCAGCCCUUGACCUUGGACUUGUGCCAGAAUCUAGCCAAAGUAUUGAGAGUGCCAAGUUUGUGUAUCUAAUGGGUGCUGAUGAUGUAGAUUUGGAAAAACUUCCAAAUGAUGCUUUUGUCGUUUAUCAGGGACACCAUGGGGACCGUGGUGUAUACCGUGCCAAUGUAAUUCUCCCAGCAUCAGCAUUCAGUGAGAAGGAAGGGACAUAUGAAAACACAGAAGGGUGCACCCAACAGACUUUGCCUGCAGUUCCAACAGUUGGUGAUGCCAGAGAUGAUUGGAAGAUAAUUCGUGCUCUUUCUGAGGUAGCAGGGGUGCGGUUGCCCUACGAUACAGUUGGGGCUGUCCGAUCCCGGAUUAAGACUGUUGCACCAAACCUCUUGAGCGUGGAUGAGAGAGAGCCAGCUACGUUUUGGGCUUCAUUGAAGCCCGAGGUCACUCAGAAGAUGAGUUCAGCUCCUUUCGAUCCUGCUAUAAAGAAUUUCUAUAUGACUGAUUCUAUCACCAGGGCAUCAAAGAUAAUGGCUCAAUGCAGUGCACUGCUGCUAAAGAAGUGA